GUGAGAGCCAGCCUGGGCGCCGGUACAGUCAGGAGUAGUGUGUGAACACCGGAUUUCUGCCGUGUUUCCCUGCAGGUGACUCAGAAACUUCACAAUGCGGCUGGAAGAACUCAAAAGGCUUCAGCACACAUUGGAACAGGUCAACGAUGGCACAGACUUGCUUCAAAGCCAUCAGCUUGCCAUGGAUGAAGAAAAUAAUAUCAAAAAAUAUCAUAUCAAUUUACAGCCUUUGGAAUCAAAAGUGAAAAUCAUCCAGCGAGCAUGGCGUGAGUACCUGCAGCGCCAGGAUCUGUCACACCAGGAGCAGCUGGACAAGCGCAGCCCCUCCCCGCCAUCCCUCUCCUCUGACAAGAUGAGCAGGUCCAUCAGCAUGAACACCUUCUCCGACAGCAGCACGCCGGUGAGCAGAGCCGGUGGGCUCAUUUUCAUAUGUGAUGCUUUUUGUAGGGUUCCUUUCUAGGACUUGGGAUAAAUGAAAGUUAAAUUAUGGGCUAAUCAUGGAAGAUGGACUUUUAGGGGAGUAGAAGUGUCUCAAAUGAACUGCGAGCAGAUGUGCCCCUUGUAG